UAAUCUUUAUAUAACAAUUAAACAAUUGAUUGUUAUUGUCAUUAUUUAUUCUACAUACGGAAUUAGUUAGGUGUAUUUGUACGAUGUUGAUGUUCUGUCCGACAUGUGGUAAUGUGCUUCGAGUGGAAGAAGCUUUGGCAGGAUUACGUUUCGCAUGUAGCACAUGUCCUUACGUAUUUAAUAUUGAAAGAAAAUUAAGCAGCCGUACAUAUCCAAAAUUAAAAGAAGUUGAUGAUGUACUAGGUGGAAGCGAGGCUUGGGACAACGUUGAUUCUACAGACGAACGAUGUCCAAAAUGUUCUCAUCCACGAGCAUAUUUCAUGCAGAUUCAAACUAGAUCCGCUGAUGAGCCUAUGACAACGUUUUAUAGAUGUUGCAAUCCUCAAUGUGCUCACAAUUGGCGCGAUUAAAGUUUUAUUUCUUACUUGGUGGAAAGAGAACAAUUAUGAAUAUAUAUAAAUUGGGUCCAAUGAUUAAUUUCUUGAAUGCAGCUUCAAAUGAAAUAGAAGUAUCAAAAAAUUUUAAUAAUCAUCACUGGAUAUGUAAAGGAAAACGAAGUUUAGCAGUAGCUGUCACAUUGUUGCAACAAAAUGAAAUUAUAGCAAUCCCAACAGAUACAAUAUAUGGUUUUGCUGGUAUUGUAUCAAGUACUAGCUCUAUUGAAAAACUCUAUGAAAUUAAAAAACGUGAUAAAGAUAAACCAUUAUCUAUUUCUAUUAGCAAUGUAAAUGAUA